AUGCAACCUCUUCCAACCUGCUUGUCCGUUGCUGUUUAUUCACUAAGCCACACAACGCAGAGACCACACCACCAUCACGCUGUGAUUCCCCUCUUCUCGUCUGUUGCCCGCAUCUGUUUUACCGUUCGUGUCUCUAUUCCUACCGACCUUACAUGCGGCAGACUCACGGCCGCUAAGAACAGACCCUCACGCCUUGCUUACUCUCAUGAUGCCGCCGUCGCCGCCUCCUUCACUCCCGUCACCCUAACCUACCGCCUUGUGCCCAUUUUCGUCACUCCCGCACAUUGGUUCUUUCCUCUCUCCGCCGUCCCUCCACUCCACCCACCGCCAACUCCCACGACAUCCUGUGGCAGGGUUGUCUUGCAUCAGCUCCUCCGAGCCAACUCAACCUCGACCUCUCACGCUCCACGCUCAGCCGUCCUCAAGGCAAACUCCAUAGCCCACUCGAAUGCGGGGACCGUCUGGGCACUCUUAUACGUAGACAUUGAACCUCGCUGCCAUCCGGAGCCCGAGCCUGCACCCUCGCUUUUAUUUCUCCAACGCCUCCCUCUCUUCCCCGCUACUCCACGAACUACAAACAUGUCCGACGACGGCCCCCGUCUUAUAAGGCCUAUCCCUCGCCGUCCCUUCGAACUAAAUCACAUUGCUCCGACUCCUCCAGAAGACAACUCGUCUUCCCCCAGUCCGAACCCUGAAUUCGAUUUGUCGAGACUGCACAAUGCCCAAACAACGUCUUCAGAGUCCGGCUCCAUACCUCGCGCCCAGUCGGUGCUUAACAUGACCGCAUCGACGCUGUUUGGGAUCUACUCGCCAACCACAUACGGCAGAGACUCGCGAGAUGAGCCGGAUACCCCCUGGGGUACUGGGGCGCAAACACCUAUCAAGAGGGCCAAUGUUGACGACACCACAUUCGAGCUCAUGAAGGAUCGCUCCAAUCUGUUGCGUCGCCGGCCCUCGUAUCGAAGUGGAGCGAAGACUCCGCCGCCCUCAACAACAACCACGGCCCUGUUCAACCUGUCCCGCAUUGCACUUCUCUUUGUGAUUGGUAUGGGAUACGGACUAAUGGUCACGAGGUUGCAAAAUGAGCACAGAUUCUCAUCGUUCCAGGUCGACAGUAUGAUGAAGCCCGGCUAUGACUGGCAGUAUCUCACAUUAUGGGGCUUGUCUGGCGUUGGCCUAGGCGGCCUCCUCCCUUGGUUCGAUGGCGUAUGGGAGGAUACGUUUGGAAAGGAGGAGGUAGUUUUGGAGGAGACGAACGGCAGCCCACCACCAGAAGAUGUCAGCCCUGUAAAGGACUGGGCUGUGGUUGUCCGCAGCAUAGGCGCUUUUGUUGGCAUUGUAUUCGCCAUUCGAAAACUUCCCUGGGCAUCUACCCUCCAGGUGUCUCUCACUUUGGCGCUGGUUAACCCGUUUCUGUGGUAUUUGAUCGACCGUUCGAAACCUGGGUUUCUGCUUUCGGCCGCUGUGGGCUUGGCGGGAUCGGCUGUACUCCUCGGCAUCAACCCAGAUGUGAUGCCUACACCAUCAUCUCUGACCUACCGGAACGAGUCGGAGCGGGCCUACUCGGAGCCCAUCGCUCUCGGUGGGCUCGCCAGCCAAGAAACUAUUGAGACGGGCAUUUGGAUGCUCAGUGUUUUGUUCUGCAGCUGCGUUUGCUUUGGCAACAUUGGCAGACGAUUGGCGUUGAACAAGUCGGCGUCUGCGCGUGGCCGAUGGGCUGGUACCAGAUGA